AUGUCUUGCAUAGCAAACGACAAAGAACUAUCUGACCUUCUCAAUCAGAUAAACGAGCUCCGCACUCUUGGUGUUACUGGACCCGUAGAGCCACCCCAGCUCAUUGUUUCUGGUCGUCAGUCUCCUUCAAAAGCUACCAUUCUUGAAAUGAUCUCGGGGCUAUGGUUUCCAGAAGUUUCGGGCUUCGCUAUCAAGCUCACACUGCGCAAGAGUCCCACCCGUACCGUCAAAGCAUCCAUCGUCCCGGGGCCUUCGCGAAACGCCGAAGAAACACAAAGGCUGCGCGCUUUCACACCUGAGAAAUUCGACAUCAUUGAUGGGCUACCAGAGCUGAUUAGACAGGUUGCAGGGCGUUUGGUCAUUGACAACCGUGUUAGUGAUGAUCUGCUCAAGAUUGAAAACAAUCGUGCCCCUGAACUGGCGACUCUGAAACAGAAGCUGCUCGAAAAGCUCGAUGAGCUUACUGCGCACCUGAGUCGGAGUCCUCCACUACCGCUAGGCAAGGCAUUCCUCAUAAAGACACAGCAGUCCAGAAGUGAUCGUGUCCGUGCAUCGGUAGUGGCAUCACUUGCAACUACAAAUGAUCAUGCGACUGCUUCGACGUAUGGUUAUUCGACGGAAAGCAUCAAGCGGGCAGUUUCGACCCUGGAGGCAUCCCGCGAUGACCCGGACUUCGUGGCUGCAGGCAUUAUCGACCAGAUGGAGGCUUAUUACGAUUCUACGCUCAUGAUAUUCAUCAACAACGUCGCGGUCGUCGGCAUCGAAAACUGCCUCCUCGAGCCUCUGAAACAGAUUUUGACAUGCCAGACCAUCAAUAACAUGGAAGACGACCAGGUACAGCGCAUAGCCGCUGAGCCAGCUCAUCUUACUGGCGAACGGCAGCGCCUCAGCCAAGAUAUUGGGAAACUCCAGGCAGGCCUUCAAGUUCUCAGUCUCUCCAAGCCCAUGGAACCGUCGUGGGCCAAUGCACCAGCUCUUGAAACAAACCAGUGCCCUUCUAGGAAUGCCACAAAGAUGCUGGAGAAACCUGAGCGCGUAACUACCGUGGCGGCUUCCAAAUCCCAGGUUGAGUACCUAGCUCAUAGCCCUACCAUUCCUCCCCCGUCCACAACCAGUGUUGCUUCUCAUGAGGCCUUGAAAGCAACCCCAGCGUCCAAGAGUCGAUUCACAGACCCUCCCAAACCCCUCUUUGGAGCACCGGUCAAGCCUCUAAUUGCAGCUGGAACUGGCCUUUCCAGGUUUGGAACUUCAUCGGAGCCCAUAUAUGACACAGGAAACAGCGCCCUGAACACUGGUAGUCGGCCAGCAUCCCCACAACACUCCAUAUUCGGAUAUUCGCCACAAGCCGCAAGUGAUACAGGCAUCAGCGCCUUGUACAUGGCUAAUCGGUCAGCAGCCCCGCAUUACUCCAUAUUUGGACAUUCGUCGGAGGCUGCAAGCGAUAGUUCUAGGUUGUCAUUAUUCGGCUAG